CUGCACGUACGGAUGUACAUGAUAGGCCAGCGCGCCAAAUUGCUGUACGAGCUUAAUGUGCGCAGAAAACUGGUUUCUUUAGUAUUGUCGGUAAAAUCAUUGAUUUAAGUCGUGUAGACAUUGUGCCAACCAGAUCCUGUACUAAUUUAUCCGACUGAACCAGAGCUCUGUCCGCCACCAUGGGUUUGCUUGAGCGGUGCCAGGAGCUGUUCAACAGCUCCAACCUGUACGAGGUGCUGGGUAUAAACAAAGAGGCGAGUGAGGCAGACAUCCGAAAGAGCUACUACAAAGUCUCGCUGAAGGUCCAUCCAGACAGGGCUCCAGAAGACCCACAAGCCACAGAGAAGUUUCAGGUGUUGGGAAAGCUGUAUGCGGUGCUAAGCGACAAGGAUCAGAGGGCCGUGUAUGAUGAGCAGGGGGUGGUGGAUGAAGAGUCGGACGUUCUCAGUCAGGACCGCUGCUGGGAAGAGUACUGGAGGCUGCUCUUCCCUAAGAUCACAGUGCAGGACAUUCUUGAAUUUGAGAAGAAAUACAAGGGAUCUGAAGAAGAGAGGGAGGAUGUGAUCCGGCUGUACGUGCAGCACGAGGGGGACUUGGACGCCAUCACCGCAUCGGCUCUUUGCAGCUCUCAGGAAGACGAGCCCAGGCUGUGCAGCAUCAUCCAGGCUGCUAUCAAGAGCGGAGAAGUGGAAGCCUUCCCGGCUUUUACGAAGGAGAGUGCGACGAAGAAGAGGGCUCGGCGAAAGAGGGCUGACCGGGAGCGACAAGAAGCAGAGGAAAUGAAGACAGAGAUGGGGCUUAGUGAUGAGGAUGAGAGUCUCGUCAUGAUGCUAAAGCAAAAGCAGCAGUCCAGAGAGAAGAAUUUUAACAGUUUCCUGUCAGAUCUGGAAGCAAAGUACUCCAAAAAAAGCCCAAAACCACAAAAAGGAAAAAAAGCCAAAAAGUAAAUGUUAGGAUUUUCUUUCUUUUUUAUGUUCGUAUUACAGUUUAAACAAAGCUUUUCAGACUAACUAAACGUAAAACUGUUUCAGGCUCUUUAGCUCCUAAUAUAAUACAAAAAUGUAAAUCCUUUUAUUUGUUGUAAUAUGUUGUAAAAGUUCUAAUAAUAAAUGCAUUUGUUCACAUUA